AUGUCUGCUCCGACCGCGUCGCUCACGUUCCCCGAGGGCCACUCGCUCAAGAACGUCGACCUCCCUGUCGGCGUCUUCAUCAACAACGAGUGGUCCGCCGGCGAGGAGGGCAAGACGAUCGAGGUUCGCGCGCCGGCGUACGACAAGGUCAUCGCCAACGUUGCCGAGGCCACCGCCAACGAUGUCGACCGCGCAGUCGACGCCGCCGAGAAGGCGUUCGAGACGGUCUGGGGCGAGCACACCCCGGGCUCUGAGCGAGGCCGCAUGCUCAUGAAGCUCGCCGACCUGUUCGAGGAGCACGCCGACACGCUCGCGUCGAUCGAGGCGCUCGACAACGGCAAGGCGUUCGGCAUCGCCAAGGGCUUUGACGUGAUGGCCGCCGCCGGCUGCCUGCGCUUCUACGGCGGUCUCGCCGGCAAGAACGACGGCAAGACGAUCGAGGUCAACGAGUCCAAGUUCGCGUUUACCCGCCAGGAGCCCAUCGGCGUCGUCGGCCAGAUCAUCCCCUGGAACUUCCCCAUCCUCAUGUUUGCGUGGAAGAUCGCGCCCGCGCUCGCCGCCGGCUGCACCAUCGUCAUGAAGGUCGCCGAGACGACCCCGCUGUCGGCGUUCUACGCGUGCCAGCUCAUCGCCAAGGUCUUCCCGCCGGGCGUCGUCAACGUCCUCACCGGCUACGGCAACGUCGUCGGCGCCGCCAUCUCGUCGCACAUGCGCAUCAUGAAGGUCGCCUUCACCGGCUCGACGCUCGUCGGUCGCCAGAUCAUGAAGGCCGCCGCCAUGUCGAACCUCAAGCCCGUCACGCUCGAGCUCGGCGGCAAGUCGCCCAACGUCGUCUUUGACGACGCCGACCUCGAGCAGGCCGCCUCGUGGGGCGCCUUUGGCCUCUUCUUCAACGCUGGCCAGUGCUGCUGCGCCGGCUCGCGCAUCUUCAUCCAGGAGUCGAUCUACGACCAGUUCCUCGAGAAGCUCACGGCCAAGAUCAAGUCGAUCAAGGUCGGCGGACCGUUCGAGGCCGACUCGUUCCAGGGCCCGCUCACGUCCAAGCUCCAGUACGACCGCGUGUCGGCCCACAUCCAGGCCGGCAAGGACGAGGGCGCGACGGUCCACCUCGGCGGCGAGCGCCACGGCACCGAGGGCUACUUCAUCCAGCCGACCAUCUUCACCGACGUCCAGCCGUCGAUGAAGAUCGCGCAGGAGGAGAUCUUUGGCCCCGUCAUCGUCGUCCAGAAGUUCAAGGACGAGAAGGACCUCGUCGUCAAGGCCAACGACACGAUGUACGGUCUCGCUGCUGCCGUCUUCUCGCGCGACGUCUCGCGCGCCCUGCGCAUCGCCAAGGAGAUCAAGGCCGGCACCGUCUGGAUCAACUGCUACAACACGCUCGAGAACGGCGUGCCGUUCGGUGGCUACAAGAGCUCGGGUAUCGGCCGCGAGCUGUCCGCCGAGGCGAUCCAGCAGUACUGCCAGACCAAGGCAGUGCACGUCAACCUCUCGGCGCCCAACCCUCUCUGA